AUGAGUGAAGGACGAGUUACUUGGGCAGAAGGUGACGAUGACGACACAUCAAUUUGGUUGUCACUCAAGAAAGAAAAGAUCCUGAGUGUAAAUAGGCAAUCACUCCAAAAAAUUAACAGGAGUGGAAUUUAUCACGUGCACACAACUCCUGAAGCCCCAGAUGCGGAUGAAGACAGUGUUCUUAAGUACUUUCAGCAAACCCGUGAGAAGGGUUUGAUGCAUCCAGAUGCUCUUGGAGGAAGUUCUUGCACACUUCCGCAUCCCCCAACAAUUGCAGCAGCUUCUGCUGAAGGCGAGUGCUGUAAACCAAGGGAUGAAGAAGCAGAGAGGAUAGCUGGAGAAGCAGCUCAGAAGGCAUUUUGGUCUGCCCUGAGAUCUCUUCAAAUGAACGAGACAACGGAGCAAAAGACUUACGUCACGGAAUUAACAAUGAAAGUGGACGAGAUCAGACUCCACAAAAUCAAGAAAUGUGGUGGAAGGCCAAAUGAUAAUCGGGUGCAAAAUCCGGCUUCUGCUGAUCUUGGAGAAAGCAAUGUGGCCAUUAAUGAGGAACAAGCAGGACCAGCACCUUGCCAACUGAGACGUGUCAUACCUUCAAGAAUGUCAAAGAAACGGACACGUUCUUCCAGCAGUUCCAGGAAAUGUAACAGCGUCAGCGCCAGCAUGAGUGAAUGCGAUGAAGGAAUGACAAAUGCAUCCAAAAAAAAGAGUGUGCGCUGUGCAAAAAAACGGAAGGGCGUUCCAAAAAGGGGGAGGAAGCCAGCUCCUAUCAACAUUAUUACACCAUCCGCCAGGAAAAGGAGCAACAAUGUCAUGAACCAGCACAGACACCUGGUCUUCAACCGUGGGGAACAGCAGGCUUCCGCAUCCUCUGCUGCUGUAUUGUCAAAAAACAUUCCUGCAGCACCAUCAGCACACGCAGAAUCUUCACCUGAAUUGGUCAGUGUGUCCGUCCUUUACAAUGCAUUUGCCUUACGUGAUGAAGAAGGAAAUGUUGCAAGCUAUUUGCCAAAGUGUUAUUUGGAUAACACCGCUGAAUCUGUUGCUGCUUACGGUGCUUUCAUGCACUGGGCUUUGGAAGGCCACACCCACAUGCAUGAUUUACUGCAAGAUAAGGAACCAAACUACAAUGGACCUAAGAAUGACUGGAGGGAGAAAAGUUGCACAUUUACCCUUGACCGCGGGUUUGUGCAGAAAAAUUUUGGUCGAUCAGAAUUUAAUGACAACCCUCUGUGGGACUUCCCAUGCCAUGCCAUUCCAGGAGUCAUGUCCUGCACUGAAAUUCAUUUCCCCCAGAGGGUGUACGAAGGAUGCUUGGAUAUUCAGAGGAUUACACCUCAGGAGAUUGCUAAUGUCCCAUUUGGCAUGGAUAACACUCCUGUUCCCUGCUUUAUGCUUGUUGCUGCGGAGUAUAACAACAAGGACUUCGGAUUAUUCAUGCGUCUGGAUGACCUAGAAGAACUAAUUCUUCGAGUCAGAGCGUACUGUGGAACCCUAAUACGCAUGGCUAUCAGUGAGACAAACAUUGACAGUGAUGCUGGACCAGGUGAUCAUGCCAAUGAGGACGUCAACAACAUAACAGAUAAAACUCCUGUUCCCUGCGUUAUGCUUGUUGCUGCGGAGUAUAACGACGAGGACUUCGGAUUAUUCAUGAGUCUGGAUGACCUAGAAGAACUAAUUCUUCGAGUCAGAGCCUACUGUGCAACCUUAAUACGCAUGGCUAUCAGUGAGACAAACAUUGACAGUGAUGCUGGACCAGGUGAUCAUGCCAAUGAGGACGUCGACAACAUAACAGUACCGAAAGGAAUGUUUGGAAAGCCGAAAAUUUACGACGUUUCUGGGAAGUUGCCAAAGGUUUUGCAGUACAAGGAAGUUUUAACCAAAACGAAUGGAAUUUGGUACCUGCACUUGGGAUUAAAAGAAGCUUUAUUGGGAAAAUCACCAGGUAAAACCAAUCUUGAUGCGAGUAUAUGGGUUUGGCACAACUGA